CGUGCGUGACCUCGUGAUAUAAACAUUUCUCAAGAGCGUUGUACUUGUCGCUGAAAGCUACUGUUUAAGAUUAAUUUCUACUGAGUUAAGUAAGUUUUAGCACACAACUUUAAUCAUGUUAAUUUGUGCCAUUCAGCACCGGUUACGUCACUGUGUUCGAAUGGGCUCAGCGCAGAGAUGUUCACGACAUUUCAAGAGGGCUUUGACGUCUCCAGCUUUCCGCUUGUUUUCAUACUCUCCCUCAGUGAAUACACCUGUUAAGCAAUGGGAUUUAUCAGUUAAUCCUUUCACGAAGAUCAAAUGUCAUUUAGGUUGUAACAUAUCUAUUAAACCACUGGAUCCGCAUGUCUUUCCUGAGGCGGAUCGGGCAUUUAUUGACGUGCGCGCGACAAACCGGGAUCUCGAUCUGGACACAUUUCAUGUUCAUUAUGAUCCUCGAAGCAAUGAACUUCAGAUUGUAUCUCAUGAUGAGAAUAACAGUGACGUCUCUGUUGAACUGACAGCGCCUAUUAAAUGCGAUCUCCAUAUCAAAACAAAGAACAAGGGCAAUGUGAAGAUUCAAAGGAUGGAGAGUGACCUCUGUCACUUGCACACAGAGAAAGGACACUGCAUACUACAAGCUGUUAAGGGCCAUGAAAUUCUGGUUCACUCCACCGGAGGAAAUGUUACCGGAUUAAACACCAUACAUGGGAAUGUAGAAAUCAGAGCAGCUGGAGACAGUAAUGUUGAUAUUAUGAAAAUCCAGGGAACUACUAUGAAUCUAUCUACUGUACAUGGGAUGCUGAAGGUGAAGGCCAUCUAUGCUGAAUCCACAACAGUGUCCACAUCUUCUGGGAAUGUCCAGAUUGGACAUAUACAUGGUGAAGCUGAUAUACAGAGUGAAACGGGAAACGUUGUUAUUGACAGUUCGAGUGGAUCUUUGAAGGUGCUUACUGCUGCUGGAAACAUUGAUGCUUAUGUAGGCCAUGAUGGCACAGCAGAACUUCACGCUUACCAAGGUACUGUGAGUGUGCGUGUGCCCUCCACUAUAAAGACCGGAGUACAGUUGUGCGGAACCUCUGUUGACAUUAGUUCAGAGAUUGCAUGUCAAGAAACUGAACACACUUCAUCCGAUGGCAAGGCAGCAGUGACUGCUCAUAUGAAUGGUGACAUGUAUGAAGAACGAUGGAUUAAAGCCACUGCCGAUAAAGGUCCCGUCAGCCUGAAAAGCCAGAGCUGGUUUGAGACCCUCAGACUUGGAGCUGAGAACUAAAACAUGUACAGAAUUGCCUGAAACCAGCUUUAGCACUAAUAACUAAUUUAAGUUAAGAGGAUUCAUACUGAUGCUUAUAUCUGUCCACUGUGUAUUUAUUAAACAGAUAUAUUUACAGACCAAAUACAAGAAACAGUUGAAGUUUACUUUCUUUUAGUCAGAAUAUAAAGGACUCUUUGUUUACAUCGAACCACAUAUAAGAUGUUUGUGAGUGUUUCAAACCUUUUCUUUGCAAGGUUCUAUUAAAUAGAACUUAAAUUAUA